AGUUGCGAGCCGGCGUUGUGAAUGCACGUGUUUUCGCUUAACUCACCUGGGCGAACCCCAAAGACCAAAGCCAACCAUUAAACUCACAUAAAACAAUACAAUUUAUAAAAACGAAAACACUGUGUUGUGCAUCAAGCAAUAUAGAAAUAUAUUGAAAUACAUCCAUACAAAACAAAAACGAAUUUUUUUUGAGUAAUAUUUUUUACAAGUGCGCUGAAUAACACAAAUAAAUCAAGAACAACAAGUGUUUGAAAACCCAAAAAAAAAAUUGGGAAAACAAAAAAUUUUCUUAACACAUUUUUUUUGAAAACUUGAGAAAAAUAUCCCACAGUUUUUUCGACAAGUCACCGAAAACUUAGUAAAAAAUUGAUUUUUCAAAAAAAAGAACAAGACUCGACACUGCCGAAAAGGCAAUAUUUUUCAAGUACAUUUUUUUCGAAGUGUUUUGACAAAACAAAGCAAAAUUCUCGAACCAAAGAACAAAAUCACGAAAGGACCCCCUAAAACAAUCCCUCAUUUAUAAUUGACUACUUUGACUUACAAAGCCGAAGAAUUUUCAAAAGACAUGAAGAGGGCAAAACAAAAGUUAACUUGAGCUCGGCUCAUGACCAAAUCAAAACUGAAAUCAAACAAUUUUUUUUUUCAACACAGUGGACGAGCGGCGAACAAACAUACACACACAAUUGGAUUAGUGUUUUGUUUAUUUCGGACCCACUGUAACUGUCCCUCGUCCACCCGAAAAUAAGAAGAAAUUCGUCGCCUCCUUGAAUUCGUCGCGUGUCGCCGUCGCGUUUCGUAAAAUCGCUUAUCGUUCAUCGCAAAUCAAUCGAUAAUCCAUCAUGCCGAAGAUUUUCCUGAUCAAAAAUCGCCUGCAUCAGCAGCAACAGCGCUUGCUUGAAUCGCAGAACUUGCUGCAGCACAAGAAUCAGGAUGAUGAGCGCUUGGUGCCGCCCCUCAGUCCAAGUGGGAGUGGCAGCGGCCCCUCGCCAACGCCCACAUCCCAACCACCACCGGAACCGCAAGGUCAGGGGCAACAGGUGCUCGGACAGGUGCCCGAUUCAGAUCAACAGCCACUGAGCCUCACGCGCAAACGAUUCCACCAUCGUCGUCACUACUUCGGACAAUCGCGCCACAGUCUCGAUCAUCUCAAUCAAAAUCAGAGCCCGAAUCCAAAUGCAAAUCCCAAUCAAAUACAAAAUCCUGCGGAAUUGGAAGUCGAACGCGCCACUGGCCAAGUUCAAAAUGAAAACUUUGCCGCCGAGUUGCUGCAGCGUUUGACACCAAACACUGCCACCACUGCACAAAAUAAUAUUGUUAACAAUUUGGUUAAUAAUAGCAGAGCCGCCACCUCCGUUUUAGCCACUAAAGACUGUACAAUUGAAAAUUCCCCAAUUAGCAUACCAAAAAAUCAGCGAGCAGAGGACGAGGAGGAGCAAGAAGAGCAGGAGAAAGAGAAGCCCGCGGAGCGGGAGAGAGAGAAGUCCGAUGAGAGGGCAGAACAGGUAGAAAAGGAGGAGCGGGUGGAGCGCGAAGAGGAGGAGGACGACGAGGUGGAUGUGGGCGUAGAGGCGCCACGCCCACGUUUCUAUAAUACCGGCGUGGUCUUAACCCAGGCCCAACGCAAGGAGUAUCCCCAAGAGCCCAAGGACUUGUCCCUAACCCUCGCCAAAUCCUCGCCAGCUUCACAGCAUAUCCACAGUGACUCCGAAUCCGAUUCGGACUCUGAUGGCGGCUGCAAGCUAAUUGUGGACGAGAAGCCACCAUUGCCGGUGAUCAAACCAUUGUCCCUGCGCUUGCGCAGCACACCGCCACCGGCGGAUCAGCGACCAAGUCCGCCGCCUCCGCGAGAUCCCGCGCCCGCCGUCCGCUGCUCGGUGAUCCAACGGGCACCGCAAUCCCAGUUGCCCACCAGCCGGGCUGGCUUUCUACUGCCCCCCUUGGAUCAGCUAGGACCCGAGCAGCAGGAGCCCAUCGAUUAUCACGUGCCGAAGCGAAGGAGCCCCUCUUACGACUCCGAUGAGGAGCUGAACGCCAGGCGCCUGGAACGAGCGCGGCAGGUGCGCGAGGCAAGACGUCGCAGCACCAUUUUGGCCGCCCGCGUUCUGCUCGCCCAGUCGCAAAGGCUAAAUCCGCGCUUGGUGCGAUCCUUGCCCGGCAUUUUGGCUGCGGCAGCCGGACACGGACGGAAUAGCAGCAGUUCCAGCGGUGCCGCCGGGCAGGGCUUUCAAUCGUCCGGUUUUGGCAGCCAGAACAGCGGCAGCGGCUCGUCCAGUGGCAAUCAGAACGCUGGUAGCGGUGCUGGUUCACCUGGAUCCGGUGCCGGAGGCGGUGGUGGCAUGGGCGGCGGUCGCGACGGCCGAGGGAACUACGGACCCAACUCACCGCCAACGGGAGCAUUGCCUCCGUUUUAUGAGAGCCUCAAGAGCGGCCAACAGAGCACGGCCAGCAACAAUACGGGCCAAAGUCCCGGCGCCAAUCACUCGCAUUUCAACGCAAAUCCAGCGAAUUUCCUGCAAAACGCAGCAGCGGCUGCGUACAUCAUGUCGGCAGGUUCCGGUGGAGGAGGCUGCACCGGAAACGGAGGUGGUGGAGCAUCGGGGCCAGGAGGUGGCCCAUCGGCAAAUAGUGGUGGUGGUGGUGGUGGCGGCGGCAAUGGUUACAUCAACUGUGGUGGUGUUGGUGGUCCAAACAAUAGUCUCGACGGUAAUAAUCUAUUGAACUUCGCCAGUGUUUCUAACUAUAACGAAUCCAAUUCCAAAUUCCAUAAUCAUCAUCAUCAUCAACACAACAACAACAACAAUGGUGGUCAAACAUCGAUGAUGGGUCAUCCAUUUUACGGCGGUAAUCCCUCAGCCUACGGCAUAAUACUCAAGGAUGAGCCGGACAUAGAGUACGAAGAGGCCAAGAUCGAUAUUGGCACCUUUGCGCAGAACAUUAUCCAGGCUACGAUGGGCAGCUCCGGUCAGUUCAAUGCCAGCGCCUAUGAGGAUGCUAUAAUGUCGGACCUGGCCAGUUCGGGCCAGUGUCCCAAUGGAGCCGUCGAUCCGCUGCAGUUCACGGCCACUCUGAUGCUGAGUUCGCAGACCGAUCAUCUACUGGAGCAGCUGUCCGAUGCCGUGGACUUGAGUUCAUUUCUGCAGAGGAGCUGCGUGGACGACGAGGAGUCCACCAGUCCGCGGCAGGACUUCGAGCUGGUGUCCACGCCCUCGCUAACGCCGGAUUCAGUGACGCCGGUGGAGCAGCACAGUGCCAAUACACCCCAGCUGGAUGUCCUGCACGAGAAUCUGUUGUCGCAUCUGACCAACAAUGUAGUCCGGGGCAGCAGCAAUCAGCAGCAGCAGCACCAUCAGCAUCACGGUGUGCAGCAGCAACAGCAGCAGCAGCAUAAUGUGCAGCAGCAGCACAAUGUGCAACAGCAGCAUGGCGUGCAGCACCAACAUCUCCAGCAGCAACCACCGCCCUCGUAUCAGCAUGCCACGCGUGGCCUGAUGAUGCAACAGCAGCCGCAGCACGGCGGCUAUCAGCAGCAAGCUGCCAUCAUGUCGCAACAGCAGCAGCAAUUACUCAGCCAGCAGCAGCAGCAGUCGCACCACCAGCAGCAGCAGCAGCAACAUGCCGCUGCCUACCAGCAGCACAACAUCUAUGCACAGCAGCAACAGCAGCAGCAGCAGCAUCAUCAACAGCAGCAGCAGCAACAUCAUCACUUCCACCACCAGCAACAACAGCAGCCACAGCCACAGUCGCAUCAUUCUCACCAUCAUGGCCAUGGUCAUGACAACAGCAACAUGUCGCUUCCCUCGCCAACUGCGGCUGCGGCCGCUGCUGCUGCUGCUGCGGCAGCGGCAGCCGCUCAUCUGCAGCGUCCGAUGAGCAGCAGCAGCAGUUCUGGAGGCACCAAUAGCAGCAACAGCAGCGGUGGCAGCAGUAACAGUCCGCUCCUGGAUGCAAACGCUGCUGCGGCAGCUGCAGCUGCCUUGUUGGACACAAAGCCACUCAUCCAAAGCGUAAGUAAUCCAAUUGGUCAGCCACUAAAUACGCAAUCACAGCAGCAAAAGCAGGGACAACAAAUCACAUUGAUGAAGACCACCAGGUACACGGAAUUCGUCGAGAUGGUGUCCAUGGACGUGACGGUCAAGCCAGAGCUCUUUAACGAGCUCAAGCCAGAAAUGACCGAGAUCACCGCCGAGGAGUUGACUUUGGAAGCUGAGACAACAGCAGCAGCGGCAGCAGCAGCAGCAGCUAAAUCAGCAACAGAGGGAACUCAAGUUCUGGCAGCAUCGCCAGCACCAUUGUCGUCCGGCAGAAAGCUGCGUGGACGCGCCAAGGCUGUAGCCUAUGGCUCCACAGUGAUUACGCUGAUAUCCACGAUGAAAUCGUCGCCAGAAGUGCCGGCCACCAAGACGGUGCACCACACCACUUUGCGAUCUCUGGCUACGGCGGCAGCGGCCACUGCAGCCGGUUUGCUGCCGCCAUCGCCCACCGUUUCCGUUUUGAAUGAGAGCAAAGUCUUGCAGCGGCGCUUGGGCUUGCCGCCGGAUCUGCAGCUUGAGUUUGUGAACGGCGGCCAUGGCAUUAAGAACCCGCUGGCCGUGGAGAAUGCCCAUGGUGGCCAUCACCGAAUUCGCAACAUCGAUUGCAUUGAUGAUCUCAGCAAGCAUGGCCACCACUCGCAGCACCAGCAGCAGCAGGGCUCGCCGCAGCAGCAAAAUAUGCAGCAAUCGGUGCAGCAGCAGCAACAGCAGUCGGUGCAACAGCAGCAAUCCCUUCAGCAGCAGCAGCAGCAGCACCAUCAGCACCACAGCAACAGCAGUGCAAGCAGCAAUGCCAGCAGUCACGGAUCCGCCGAAGCCCUUUGCAUGGGCUCAUCCGGCGGAGCCAACGAAGAUUCGUCGUUGGGCAACAACAAGUUCGUCUGCCGCGUCUGCAUGAAGACAUUCUCGCUGCAGCGCCUGCUCAAUCGGCACAUGAAGUGCCACUCGGACAUCAAGCGGUAUCUGUGCACGUUCUGCGGCAAGGGAUUCAACGACACCUUCGACCUCAAGCGCCACACGCGCACCCACACGGGCGUCCGGCCGUACAAGUGCAAUCUGUGCGAGAAGAGCUUCACGCAGCGCUGUUCCCUCGAGUCGCAUUGCCAGAAGGUGCAUAGUGUUCAGCACCAGUAUGCCUACAAGGAGCGCAGAGCCAAGAUGUACGUGUGCGAGGAGUGCGGCCACACCACCUGCGAGCCGGAGGUCCACUAUCUGCACCUGAAGAACAACCAUCCGUUCUCGCCGGCGCUGCUCAAGUUCUACGACAAGCGGCACUUUAAGUUCACCAACUCGCAGUUCGCCAACAAUCUGCUCGGCCAGCUGCCCAUGCCAGUCCACAACUAGUUGAUGGAUUUUAGUUAUAUAGAAUAGGAACCAUUCGAACCAUUCGAAUCAUUCGAAUCGCUCGAAUCACUCGAAUCACUCGAUUCACUUAAGCAAACCCACAUUGUGACUUUGAAGUUUUUUGAAAACUGCCCCACCUCCUUUUGCGGAGGAUACGGAAUUAUUGGAGAUUAUGCUUAUUAUGUAUAUUUUUGCGUAGUCCUAAGAAAUUAGUUACUAGCUGAAUUAGGCCCCACUGUAUCAUGCUACCCCACUUCACUUUGCUGUGCAAAUCUCUCUCACACUUGGGAAAACUCGAGUUCACCUUUUUAUUGUUAAUCUUGAAUUUUCGUUUAUUUCAAGUAUGGAUCUUUCGAAACAGCUCGUUUUUAGUCAAAAAGAAAGGUAUCGUUAGACGUAAGAAAUGUUUGAAAUUGCUUUGAGCAACACUCACACAAAUUAUGAAUGAUCACGCGUAUACAUAUAUUAGAAGAAAAUAUAUAUUAAAUAUUUAGCUUUAAGAUGUUAAGAGCUACCAACCGAACAAGCGGCAAACGUUGGCAUUUAUUUGUCUUCAACAAAACACAAAUUAAAAAACAAAAGUUUCAAAAAAGAAAAAAGAAAAAAAAAACAGAACUCGUAGAGCAAUGAGCGCGGUUCGCGGAUAACAUUAUGUACACACCACCAACCAUACGCAUUAAUAUAUUUAUUACUUAAUCACAAACCACAUUGCAUAGAGGCAAAUCAUUCGAAUAAACUAGGCUAGGAUUCUUAAUAUAAACUAAAGCUGUUCAUAAAUGAAGUCAAAGCCCAACAAAAUCCAAUCCAAUGUUUUGGAAAAUCGAAUCGCGAGAAUAUGAUCUACUGAAUAUAUAGUUUGCAAUAAUCUUAGCUCAUAGGCAAUACCACCAAUUGUACUGAUCUUAAAUGAACAAACAAAAUACUAAACACAACAUAAACAUAAACAUAACAUAAACAACAUUAUGUAUCUGAUGGUAUAAUUUCUAAGCUUUAGCUCUAAUGAACUUUGAAACCGGAUUCGAAUUUGAGUUUGAAUUUGAUUACGAUUGCAGGGAAACGACGAUUUCCAAUUCGUAACAUUAAACUGCAUUAUUAUUUCUGUUUUAGCAUAGCGCUUUUUUUUUCUUUUAAUUUGUUGUAAGCAACAACGGGUUUUUUGUGCAAUCGCUUGGUGUUGGUUAAAUGGAAAAUAAGGAUGAAAUGACACGACAAAUUUAAGAUUUAAGCAUCGUACUUUAAGGUUUAUGCGGGGGCUGUCCACUGUGGCGCCACGCCCACCGCCCGCUGUGCAGCCCCCGAGGAAAAUGGGAGGAGACGUCGAGAAUGAGCGAGGGAGCAAAUCGAAGCUUGGCAAUGAACGAGUCCUUGUUUCCAUAUCCUCCCUCAACUAACUUAGUUCUUAACUAGAAAACUUUCACUCACACAUAACUACACACACACACACAUAUAUAAAUAUCAGUUCUGCACACACGCGAACACACACACACACACCUAAAUAUGUACUUAAAUUAAGUUAGUUAGAUUAGGCAAUAUCUUGAACUUGAAAAAGAAAAAAGGCAGCGUAAAAUUUGAUCAAUGAAAAUCUUGAGACUUCCAUGAAAAAUUCCAAUUUUUUUUUUCAUUAUCAUAUUUAUCGAAUUUUGUGCAGAAAUGAGCGAGGAAUUACAAAUUAUUACAAAUAUAUUAAAUAUAUAACGAAAUUUGAACGGAAGGCAAAAAAGUUUAGUUUUUAAAAUGAUACAGUUUUUUUUUUAAUCUAUCCAUUACGUAUACUAUAUAUAAAGAUUAUGAGAAGCGAAUUAAUUAAUAAAUAAUACAUAUGACAAAAAUCAAA